AUGUCGGCACACGAGCAAAUGAGGGCGAUGUUGGAUCAAUUGAUGGGAACGGCACGUAAUGGUGAAACGGAUAAACAUGGCGUCAAAUUCUAUGAUGAUACUGUUUGCAAAUCCUUUUUACUGCAAUGCUGUCCUCAUGAAAUCUUAUCAUCCACGCGCAUGGAUUUAGGUGAGUGUCCUAAAAUACAUGAUCUGGCUCUGCGCGCAGACUAUGAGCUUGCCUCCAAAACCAAAGAUUACUUCUAUGAUAUUGAUGCUACAGAACAUUUAGAAGCUUUUAUACAAGACUGCGAUCGACGUACAACAGCUGCCAAGCAGCGUUUAGCGGAAACCCAGGAGGAAUUAUCAGCAGAAGUGACAGAGAAGGCCAAUGCAGUGCAUGAACUUGCUGAACAGAUCGGUCAGAAGCUAGCCCGGGCUGAAGCCCUUGGUGAGGAAGGAAUGGUGGAAGAGAGUGUUAAACUGAUGGGAGAGAUCGAUGAAUUACGUAAAAGGAAGGCUGUGGCGGAACAAGAGUACCGCAACUCGAUGCCUGCUUCGUCGUACCAACAACAAAAGCUGCGGGUUUGUGAAGUGUGCUCCGCUUACCUCGGCAUACACGACAACGACAGGCGUUUGGCCGAUCAUUUCGGCGGUAAAUUGCAUCUUGGGUUUAUUACCAUUCGCGAGAAGCUAGCAGAACUGAAGAAAAUGGUUGAUAAACGUCGCGAAGAGCGGGGAGCGGAACGUGAACGAUCAAGUGGCCGGCGUCAUUACGUCGGUGGACGGGAGCUGGACAGACGUGCAAGGAGGCAUCGGGAAGUGCCGCGUGAUCGCAAGGACAACGAUCGCGAGCGGAAGGACACCGACCGUGACCGCAAGGAUGGUGAUCGCGAGCGCAGAGACGAACGCGAACGAGAACGGCGAGAAGAGCGUGGCCGCGACCGCGAGAGAGAGAGAGAACGCGAGAAGAAACGCAGUCGGUCCCGCAGCCGGAGCAAACGUGAGGGAUCCCGCGAGAAAUCAAGAGGUCGCGACCGGGACAGGGACGCGCGUCGUAGCCGCUCGUAUCGCUCAACGUCUCGUGAACGACGUCGCGAAUAA